AUGCGCAGUAGUUGAAGACUCUCGGACUGAGGAAACAGUUUAGUUGGAUUUUAAGCUGCUCCGGAGUCUCUGUGGACUUUCUCUGUGUUCAUGAACCUGCGCUCAGGUCGCCAGUUUUCCCGUCAGCCGGUCCGUUUAUGGAAGACAGGUGAUGCCUGAAGGAUCCCACAGCUCCACUUCUCAAAUCCCGAUGGGUGAAGAGUCGCCUCGCCUGUCCAUCGCCUCCAUCAGCAGCGAUGAGCGCGCUCCGUCUGCCACGCCCUCUGACCCCUCCGACCCGCCGGCGUCGGGCCAGCGCCCGCUCAGCCUGAUCUCCACGCUGUCCUCCGGGUCCGGGUCUUCCAGGGACGACUACGUCGCCCCGCCGCCGGAGUCCGAGGCGUCCUCCGGCGUCGACCUGAACCAGAACCCGAGUCCUGAGAAAAGGGGGCGGAGCUUCGUUCACAACAAGAACAACAACAACAAAGCGUCGACUCCGAGCCGAGCGUCCAGCCGCCGGCUGCCCUUCGUGGGCGCCACCAUGGUGCCCGACCCCAAGCUGAAGUAUCUGGAUCGCAUCGUCAUGGAGAUCAUCGAGACGGAGCGGAUGUACGUCAGAGACCUGAAGAUCAUAGUGGAGGAUUACCUCGCUCACAUCAUCGACGAGUCGGAACUGUCCAACCACCCCAAGCUGGUCUGCGACCUUUUCGGGAACAUUGAGGACAUCUACGAGUUCAACAGCGAGCUGCUGCAGGACCUGGAGCGAUGCGACAACGACCCCGUCGCCAUCGCCAGCUGCUUCGUGUCAAAGAGUGAAGACUUCGAUAUCUACACCCAGUACUGCACCAGCUACCCAGAGUCGGUGGAAGCGCUGACGAAGUGCAUGAACAAUAAAUCUGUGGCCAAGUUUUUCCGGGACCGCCAGGCGUCGCUGAAGCAUUCGCUGCCUCUGGGCUCCUACCUGCUCAAACCCGUCCAGAGGAUCCUCAAGUACCACCUGCUGCUCCAGGAGAUCGCGAAGCACUUCGGCCCUCAGAAGGACGGCUACGAUGUGGUGGAGGAGGCGCUCUACACCAUGACCUGGGUGGCCUGGUACAUCAACGACAUGAAGAGGAAACACGAGCACGCCGUGCGGCUGCAGGAGGUCCAGUCUCUGCUGGUGAACUGGAAAGGUCCGGACCUCACCACGUACGGCGAACUGGUGCUGGAGGGAACCUUCAAGGUUCCCCGGGCCCGACACGAGCGCACGCUCUUCCUGUUCGACCGCAUGCUGCUCAUCACCAAGCGCCGCGGCGAGCACUUCGUCUACAAGACGCACAUCUCUUCGUCGACGCUGCUGCUGAUCGAGAGCGCCAAGGAUUCGCUGAGCUUCAGCGUCAGCCAUUACAAACACCUCAAACAGACUCACAACAUGCAGGCGAAGACGGUGGAAGAGAAGAAGCUUUGGGCUCAUCACAUCAAACGCAUCAUCCUGGAAAACCACCAGGCGGCCAUCCCACAGAAGGCCAAGGAAGCCAUUCUGGAGAUGGACUCCAUCUGUCCGGCCCGGUACCGAUACAGCCCCGAGCGGCUGAAGAAGGCCGUGACGGACGAGUUUCCCCGAGACGCUCGGCAGGGCCGCAGGCAGUCGGAACCAACCAAGCAGAUGCUGAAGAGGAAUAAAGCGCCUCUGGAGCAUGCGGUCAGUGAGGACGCGCUGGCGGGCGACAGGCGCUCGCUGCAGGGCGCCAUCAGCAGCAGCACGCUGGGCUCCAGCAGCCUGGGCGAGCCGGACGGCGGCGAGGACGAGGCCGGCCGGCUGGACGACUUCCUCCUGGAGGACGAGCAGGUAGAGGACUUUGCCAGCUCCGUGCUGGCUGCCAUCUCCUGCUGGCAACACACCGUCCAGGCCUUCCUUUCCUCUGCGGGGACGGAGGCGGAGAAAAGUUGCAACGCCGCAACCAAAGAAAACGGUCAGCUCUCUGAAGACGAGCUGAUCGGACCUGAACCGACACCUGAGCAGUCUGCAGACGCGUUGCUUCAAGAGAAACCGUUGGAGAAACCAGAAGACUCUGAACCAGAACCGUCUGCUGGUCCGGAUCCUUCUGCAGUCCCUGAGGUUCCUCAGAUGUCUGAAGACCUGCAGCCUGAUGAAGAUCCAGAGCCCGCUGAGCCACCGUCUUCUGCCACAUUUGAUUCCGACUCCAAGACCCUGAGCAGCGCCGAGUCCUCAGAUGAGGACGAGAGGGAGGCGGCGGAUGACGAGUCCAGUUCUCCCAGUAUUCUGCCGUCCUCGGUGCUGGACAAGGCCAGCGCCAUCGCUCAGCACUUCACCAGCAUCAAGAGAGGCAGCCUGGCCCAGGACGACGCCCGCUCCCUCGGCUGUCCGUCCCCUCAUUUACCCAGCAGGACCGGCAGCAUGCUCAGCCUGCGGUCCGAGUCGGCCGACCGCCCGCUGCGCCUCAACAGCAACUCCUCCGAUCCGCCCGAGGCGUUCUGCGGACCGGACCUCAGUCUGCUGUCCCCCAGAGACGACAGCCUCUUCGAGCCGGACCGCAGCGUUCGGCGGAGGCGGGACUCCACCCUGUCGAAGCAGGACCAGCUGCUCAUCGGGAAAAUCAAGAGCUACUACGAGAACGCCGAGAACCAGGACGCCUCGUUCGGCCUGCGGCGCCGGGAGAGCCUGACCUACAUCCCAUCAGGCCUGGUCCGGAGCUCCGUCAGCCGCUUCAACAGCAUCCCCAGAGCAGAGACGGCCCAGUCCAAUCCUCCUGCUUCAGCCCAGGAUCUGGAUCCUCUCUCCAUUCAACCGGCUGAGACUAAGGACCGCUUGGUCUCCAGUCAGUCUUUGGACUUGUUGAAGUCCGAUAUGUUGAGCAGCGACAGUGAAGAACCGCACGGGUUCCGGCCGACAGCUGAUGAUCUGUCAGAGGAAGAGUUCAGACCUUCAUCAGAGAUGAUUAAGAUCUGGCAGGCGAUGGAGCGACAGAUCUCCAGGUCCCAAAGUGAAGACAGGGAAUCCAGUCGAUCCAGAGAGACUGUGAAGCCCUCCAUCUCCGCCGGCGUCAGCAGCUUAACCCGGACCAAGAGCUGCGACCCCGACCUGGGAAACUCCGACCUCAGCGCCGUCACGGAGGACUCCUUCAGUCCCUCCCUGCCAAAGACCAGAACCGCACUCAGCCGGGCCAGAAGUCAGACCAGCACCUCCAGAAGCUUCGGGGAAGAGACGGUGACACUGCGAGCCACGGUGCCCCGGGUGGCGCAGCUGAGGGCCGAGGCCGGCAGCGACAAACCCGCGGGGGAGACGGAGCAAACGGACGAGGUGGACCGAGCCGAGAGCAAAGUCCGUCUUCUGGCUCGUCGCUACAGCCAGCGGAUCAGAUCCUCCAGUCCGGUGGUCCGACAGCGGAGUCCUGCCGGCCCGUUCAACAGGAAGACUCUGGCUUGUGUUGUGGAGGAGAAGGAAGGUUCAGGGAAGCCCAGCCUGACUCUGCCUCUGGGUCCUAAGGUCCAGUCCAAGUCUCUGCCGCUGAGCCCAGUGGACCUGGUCCAGAACCUGGGCGGUGGCGCUCCAGGCCACGCCCCUCUCAGCCCGCCGCCCCCCACCGAGGGCUUCAGCUGGCCUGACGUGCGGGAACUCCGCUCCAGAUACUCCAGCGGCGGCGGCCGGAACCAGAACCGGCCCAUGAGCCGCAGCAGCACCAUCCCGGACCGCAUGUUGGACGUCGGCCUCAGGAGGCACUCCAGCGGUUCGCCCGGCCAUCUCCAUGACGACGGCGCGUCGUCAGGCCGACCCCGCAGCGGGCGGGCCGCGGCGCGGGACGAGCGAUCCAAACGGCUGCACAGGGCCAACUCUCUGGACCCGCGGCUCAGCCUGCAGCAGCUGGGCGACCUGCAGCGGAUCCGGCGGGCCGCCGGCCCCGCCGACCCCGGUUACUACAUCGCCGCCGAGGCGCCGCUCACAGACGACCCCGAACACAAGAUCAUCAUCAUGGAGAAGCUUCCAGAACCCAGAAACGGGGAGCCGGCAGAGGAUGACGGAUACGUCCAGAUCCGCUCGCCGACCAGCCGGGAGAAGAUCUCCAUCCUGGCCGUCAUCGACCGCUGCCGCGCCUACCAGGAGUCCGACGACUACAGGCUGAGGGACGCGGCCAAGACGGCGCCGCCUUCAGAGCGGGACGAGACGCAGAGAACCCGACCCGACUCCGGGCAGAGCGGUCAGAAGAGCAUCGUGAAAAACCUGAGGGAAAAGUUUCAGAACCAAACCUGAAGUCGCUGCUGAACCGAACCUUUUAGAUUCAGGACAAGAUCCUCAGAAUACCCAUGAUGCUCCACGUUGCUAUGGAAACGUCCUGAACCGGGCAGAUGGACUUGUUGUUUAGGUUCUGGGCUCCAGUCGUUUUAUUCAUCCAGAGUAUUCGGGUCAAACUGAGAUUUCAUUUUUUUAUUAGGA